AUGGCCACCGCCAGCACCCCUGUGGCCAUCUGCUGGAGCUGGGGAAUGACCCUGCUGGUCCUGUCCCACCUGAGCACUGCAGAAGCCACAUCAGUUCCAGCCUGCGGGAAGCCUCAGCUCCUGAAUCGCAUCGUCGGUGGUGAGGAUGCCAAGGACGGGGAGUGGCCGUGGAUCGUCAGCAUCCAAAAGAACCACACUCAUCACUGCGCUGGCUCCCUGCUCACUGACCGCUGGAUAGUCACUGCUGCCCACUGCUUUAAGGGCUCCCCAGACCUGUCCCUGCUGACCGUCCUGCUGGGGGCAUGGACACUCUCCACCCCGGGUCCACAGGCCCUCCGGCUGCCCGUGGCAGAGGUGCGGCCCCACCCCAUCUACGCCUGGAAGGAGGGGGCACCCGGGGACAUUGCCCUGGUGCGCCUCGCCAGCCCUGCCCCCUUCUCUGAGCACAUCCUGCCCAUCUGUCUGCCUGAAGCCUCCGUGCCCUUCCCUCCAGAGACACUCUGCUGGAUAGCAGGCUGGGGAAGCAUCCGAGAUGGAGUGUCCCUGCCCCCUCCCAAGAAGCUGCAGAAGUUGGAAGUUCCCAUCAUCGCUCCAGAGACUUGCAGCCAUCUGUACCGAAGGGGAGGGGGACAACAAGAGAUCAUCACCCCAGACAUGCUCUGUGCUGGCUAUCGCGAGGGAAAGAAGGACGCCUGUCUGGGUGACUCCGGAGGCCCUCUGAUGUGCCAAGCGGAAGGCUCCUGGCUCCUGGCGGGCAUCAUCAGUUGGGGGGAGGGCUGCGCAGAGAGGGACCGCCCAGGAGUCUACAUCCGCCUCACGACCCACCAAGCCUGGAUCCGGGAAACGGUCCAGGAGGCACAGUUUAUCCAGCCAAAGCUAGGAGGGUCCAGAGCAUUGGCCCAAGGGACCCCAAGGGGGCUAGGUGGCUACCGGACAGGGCAGGGCCGGGCUGGGGCUCUCUCUCCUCAGGCUAGGAAGCCCUGA